GAUUUGUUCGGUCUGUUCUCCGGUGUGUUGUCGUUGUUAGCACCUGCGGUUGUUUCUCCGUCACGUUUCUGCACCGUUUCAUCACCAGCUAACCGGUGGACACAUUAACCGACCUCUCUGCUGGAUAAAUAACCACCGAGCCGGCAGGAAGCAUGUCCACCGCCCUGGAGAGCUACAUUAACCGUACUGUGGCCAUCGUCACCUCAGACGGAAGGAUGAUUGUGGGCACUCUGAAGGGCUUCGAUCAGACCAUCAACCUGAUCCUGGAUGAGAGUCAUGAGCGGGUGUUCAGCUCCAGUCAGGGGGUGGAGCAGGUGGUGCUGGGCCUCUACAUCGUCAGAGGAGACAACGUAGCGGUGAUUGGGGAGAUCGACGAGGAGACGGACUCCACUCUGGAUUUAGGAAACAUCAGAGCUGAGCCGCUCAACUCUGUGGUCCACUGACCUCUGUUCCCCGCUCUGUGUCUCCAUGGCAACAGAUGAUAGCGUGACUCGUGCCUCUUCCACGCGUACACGGGUAUUUUUCAAAAAGCAGCUUUCUCUAUGUUCUAGGCCUUUGAGGCAGUUUGAGGUCACUGAAAAGCUUUUUGAAAACUCGGGUCCAGUUGAGUUUUUGUGAACGGGAUUUUUUUUGAGAGAGAGAAGAAGAAGGAAAAUCCCGGUUUUAAAAAUGACCCGUGUACGAGUGGAAGAGGCACCAGUUGUGUUUCAGGAGCUGUUUUUGGAGCAGGUUUACUGAGUUCUCGGGAUCACCUGAGACCAACUGAUGUUUGAUGAAAACACGUGAACCUGCCCCCACCAACAGACUCCUGAAGCCACUUUUUCUGUUUGUAUUUUUUAUAAAUAAAAACGUGAAUUGCUAGAAGUUGUUAGAAGAACUUGUUUUUGCUUGGAGUCAGUUUUUGUCAUAUUGAGGUUGUUUAAUAAAGUUUCAUUUCUCAAAUAAACACAACCAGACUGACAGACUU